AUGAGAAGACCCUUGGGGGUGUGCGGUUCGCUCGUGUCACUUGCGUUACUGGCGUUGGAUGCAGCAGACAACCAAUGGGGUUGUUUACUUGUAGAUGCGAAGAGGGAAGGGGCACCUCAGCUACAGUCUGUAGCUGACGCCCUGGCCCCUCCCGCAGCAGUGGCUGCAAUGGGUUCCACCUCUCUGCUGCAGGAGCGUGCAUCAUUAGCAGCAUCAGAAGCAGAGGAUGACGGUUCGUCUGCAGAUGAUGAGGAGGAGGAGGCUUGUGAGGCGCAGCAGGCGAUGAGUUCCUUCUUACAGCGAGAGCUCGACAAGCUGCAAGACCCAUCUUCCCCUUGGGUUUCGUUCCUUUCGCAACUUGCAUCUGCGAAGGAUAACAAAGAAACCUGCAUACAGGCGUCGGGAGAUGGAUCUAAAGGGCUCUGCGAGCUUCCAGAGACUUCUUCAGGUGCCUCCCAGCCUCUGCCUUGUGGUGGCCAGGAGUAUGCAAAGCUCAUAGAGAAAUAUAUUAGAGCAAAAAACUGCGAGCUGUCCUUGACGGUCUCUCAGACCCUCAUGCAGAACUGGACAGGGCACAGUGGCCAACAAGGGAUUUUCUCUCGUUUAAUAAGUCUUUAUAACAAGGCGAUGGAAUACGACAAACUCGAUUCAGACUUGUACUACGUCUACCAGGAUUCAGCACAGCUGCUGCAGGACCUGAUGCAGAAGGCACAGGACGGUGUCGCCGCUUUCCACUCCCUUGAUAUAAAGGCAGAGUUUCUGAAAAGAAGAAGAGAACUUUUGGGGCUUUUAUGUGCAUUGGGUAGAGGAGCAGAGACAACAAUGUCUUCUGAUGUUGUAUUGGCUGACCACGUGUUGGUACUACGCGGUAACUUUGAAGACAGUGCACGGGAAGCUCUUGCAGCAUUUAUUGCUGCUAUUGACGCCUUUGGUGUCUACGUACAGGCUCUCUUAGAAGAGGGAGGCCUCAUAGAUCGUGCCACAACAAUCCAUGCAAACUACCAUAAGUUCCGCAUGCAGAAACUCAAUGCCUUGCUUACUGAUAUCCAACCCACGGCAGAAGAAGGCGACGACAGCUCAGCCCUCAUGGACCUUGUGCCUCACCCCAAGCACAAGACCCGCAAAAACAAGCACAAGGGCAACAAGGACGGCAGCCAAGGGGAAAAAACAGACGCAGCCGAAGCAGCAGCGCCUGUAUUCCUCGAGGGAGCCAUGGAUCAGGAACUCUUAAUAGGAGCAGCACCAGGUGCACCAGCACAAGUUGCAGCAGCACCUGUUGCAGCAACACCUGCAGCAGUUCCAGUAACAGGAGCAGCAAUGCCUGCUGUAGCAGGAGCGGUUCCUGCUUCAACGCAAUUCCCUGCAGGAGUCGCACAGCCUGCGGCAGUAGCCCCAGGAAUGCAGCAGCCACAGCAGCAGCCUUCUGUUGCUUCUACUGUCCCCGUAACCGCAGCAGCACCUUCUUCUCCCCCCGCACAAGGACCAACAGCACCAGAAACAGCAACAGUCUUCGGUGCCGGCGCCCCGAGCGGAGCCCCUGCAACACAGACACCAACAGAAGCAACAGCAGCAACGGAAGGACAAACAGUAACAACAACAGAAGCCACCCCUGUUGCAGCAGUUCCACCCCCUCCUCCUCCCUCCAGCGACUCUGCAGCACAAUCACCAGCAGCAGCACCGCUGCCACAGCAGCCUGCACCAGGAGCAACACCACCACCUGCACGUGCACCGCAGCCAGCAGGAACAACAGCAGUAACAGCAGGAGGACAACAAGGAGCAGAUAUAGAUAUAGAUGCAGAUAAUAGCCACAGUAUCCCUAUUCGUGAACGAGUAGAGGAUAUGGUUAAGAAACUAAAAAUGUUCAACAUUGAGGACGGGAAGAUAACAUACACCGCAAAUGUUACGUCCUUAGAACAUGUUAUUAAGGCAGGAUAUACAGACCUCACCGACCGGAUAUUCGUGGAGUAUUUGGGAAUCCUGCCUCAGGCAUUUGCUGUCACAACAUUUAAAUUUAUUUCUUUGUUGACUCCCAACCCUCAAGUAGACUUCGCCGAAUUUUAUAACUCUACGUUGGCUGAUGAUGGCAGCGUGACGGAGGGAUUUGAGGGAGAAAUGCCGGUUAACCACAAGCUGCUAGCAGAGAGAUUCUCGCAUGCAGUAGAUGAGGCCUACAAGGAUUAUUGGCGUCGUUACUUUGCUGAUGAAGACAAAAUCACCAGCAUUACUGAUCCUAAACUCCCUAGACUCUCUCAGCCGCAGCCGCAGCAGCCGCAGCCGCAGCAGCAGCAGACGCAGCAGCAACGGGAAGAUCAAGAAGAGAGUGCCCAAGUUAGCGCCCUUGAGAAGAGUUCCGGGGUAAUAAAGCCCCAUUCUUUUGUAUUAACAGGAGAAGGAAUAGAGGAAGGAGAAGGAGCAGAAGAAGGAGAAGGAGAAGAAUUCGAAGUUGCAAUUAUUUCUUCUUCUGAUGGUGUCAAUCCUCUAGACUUAGAAAAAUAUGUUGACGUCGCUGCCGCCAACUCCUUGAGUCUACAGGCACUAGUAAGGAAAUAUAUACCACCAGCAGCAACAGCAGCAGCAGCAGGAGUAACAGAAGCAGCAGCAGCAGCAGCAGCAGCAGAAGCAGCACUGCAGCAGCAUAAACACUUUCAAUAG